AUGUGUGGACAGUAUACAGGUCUUCAGCCUCGAAUCAAGAAUAUAAAUCCAAAAGCAAAGUAUAUUCCAUGUUCUGGGCAUUCACUCAAUCUAAUUGGGACGUAUGCAGCUGAAAGCUGUCUUUAUGCAACACAUUUUUUUGAUUUGCUUCAAAAAUUAUUUAAUUUUUUUUCAUGUUCAACAAACCGUUGGUCGAUUUUGGAAGAAAAUAUUGGUAAGGGUAAAGUUGUUAAAAAUCUGAGUGAUACACGUUGUAACGAGACAGAAUGGACUAUGUUAUUUUUUUUCUCACAAUAG